CCUAAAAACGUGAUUUACAGUUCCCUCAAGUCUUAAGUUGCCAAACGCACCUGACGCUAAACUUAAAGUACAUGUAGCUGAGGGCUAACCUGCUUAGUUACUUAGACGCCAUACCCACUUCUCAUUCUCAAAUAUAAAUAGUGGAGACUUCUCCCCAUUCCUCCCAAUUCCAAACACCAACACAUAUAUUACUCAACUUCCUUUCCUCAAAAUUAUCCCCCUCCCAAGAAAAAAAAAAAUCAUUUCAAAUUUUCCCAAAAAAAUACAAUUAAAAAAAAAUUCACAACUCGACUAUUUCUGAUUUGAUCGUUGGGGUGGGCCUUUUGCUGAGAUAACACACCAGUAAUCGAUAGUAUUGGUGCCAAUUUAUUUCUUGUUGCUGCAUUUCUGAGAUGGGCUUAUCCCGAACGUCGUCUAUCAGAAGUGGAGAGUAUUUGGAAGGAAUGUGGAGUGAUUAUGUGGGAGGGAAGAACAAGACAAGACCUCAGCUGGCUGCAUCAGCUCGACUGGUCACAAUUCUAACAUGUUUACAGUUUGCGUUUGCAAUUUACGCAACGUCCCUGCUGUAUUUCAUGAGCCCGUCUUUGGACUUGAGAACGCGAAUUGCACAGCAGUGGAAGCAGUUCAUAGACACGCCUCAUGGCGUUGAUCGUUACCAAGAAUCCGAUUCCCUUGCUGGAGCUGCAGUGCUUAACCGAUCACUAGUUUGUGAGUCUGAGACAAUAGACUUUGAGCAGAAGAAGUCUGAUGAUGCCCUGAUGAUCAAGUUAAAGACGGAACUUUAUCAAGAAAUACGUGAUUUCCAGAGCAAGAACAUAGGCACUGAGACGCUUUCUGAGCUCAUGUCGAUGAAAUCCAAGUGGGACUUGCGUGGCCUAAACAUCCCCAAAGUUACCGUGAUUCUGAACCAUUUUAAACGUAAGACGUUAUGUGCCCAGCUUGAUUCUUUACUUCAUCAGACGCUUCCAUUCCAUCACGUUUGGGUGCUGUCUUUCGGGAGUCCUAAUGAGGAUUCCUUGAGAAGAAUUGUCGAUAGCUAUAAUGACUCGAGGAUAAGUUUCAUUAGUUCAAGCUAUGAUUUCAAGUACUAUGGAAGGUUCCAAGUGGCUUUGCAGACAGAAGCUGAUCUUGUGUACAUACUCGACGAUGAUAUGAUACCUGGCAAAAAGAUGUUGCAGAUUUUGUCACAUGUAGCAGGCACAGAGAAGUACAAGAAUUCUGUUUUAGGUAGUAUUGGAAGGAUAUUGCCGUUUCGACAGAAGGACUUUACUUUUCCAAGUUACAGGAAGUUCCGGUCUAAGGAGGCUGGCCUUUAUCUGCCCGAUCCUGCUUAUGACAUCACGCUCGACAGAGUUGUUCAGGUUGAUUUCCUCUCUAGCUCUUGGUUUCUGUCGUCCGAGCUCGUCAAGACACUUUUUAUCGAGACGCCAUUCACUUUCAUGACUGGAGAAGAUUUGCAUUUGAGCUAUCAGCUUCAAAAGUACAGGGAUGCUGGUUCGUUCGUGCUGCCAGUCGAUCCAAAUGACAAAGAAACGUGGGGUGAUAGUGAGCAUAGGCUGGCUUAUGUUUCUGAAACAACUGUUAUCUUCAAGGGCAUUGUCCAAGUUAGAGAUGAUCAGUGGUGGAAAGCCCUCUCCACCGGUUACAUAACGCAGUGGGCGGCCAUGUAUCCUCAAAAGAUCGAUGCAUUUUUCUAUGCCCACUCAUUGGAAGAAAUUAACGCCUUGGCCCCUCUUAUAGAAAAAUUCAGGACAACUGCUGGCAAGAAGGCCUAUGUUGUCGUCUCUGGAGGCAAGUUCUGCCCGUGCGAAGAUGCUGCUGCGGCUCUGAAGUGGCCUCAGACAGUAUGUAAAGAGAGAAGGUUCAAGAUUUUUGAUCUGGGAGUCGGUGCAUUAACCGAGCUUUCAAACUCAGAAGUACCCGUUUUACAAUCUGUGUAUGCCAGCGUGAGAGGACUGAUCAAAAUUCAUAACCCAAGUCUGGUGAUCACCGUUUCUGAUAUCGACAAAACCGUGAAGAAAGCUUUGAAAAUGGCAACAGAGACCAACUCCAACGGCACAUCAUUGGUACUUUUACCAAAAUCCACCGUGCCAAAGGCUCUCUGGAUGGCUGAUCUUCGCCCCACAGCAUUGCCUUUUUGGAACCGAAUGAGGCUUACUGUAAGCAUCAUCACGCAAAACCGGGCUACUUCUCUGGCAAGGCUUCUCAAGUCUCUAAGUGAUUCCUACUAUUUAGGAGAUGAAGUCCCAAUCACCUUCAACAUGGACAGUAAAGUCGAUGAGGAAACACUGCAACUAGUAACGACAUUCGAUUGGCCUCAUGGGCCGAAACUUCUUCGCAGACGGAUCAUCCAAGGAGGGCUCAUUCGAGCCGUCAGUGAAAGCUGGUACCCGUCCACAGACGAUGAUUAUGGCCUACUACUCGAGGAUGACAUUGAAGUCUCUCCUUACUACUACCUAUGGGUCAAAUAUGCCAUCUUGGCUUACCACUAUGACCCUAAGGUGUCUCUCCCUGAGCUCUCAUCGAUCUCCCUCUACACGCCACGUUUGGUUGAAGUUGUGAAAGAACGGCCUAAAUGGAACGCUACCGAUUUCUUCAAGCACAUUCAUCCAAACAUACCUUAUCUCCACCAGCUACCCUGCAGUUGGGGUGCAGUCUUCUUCCCCAAGCACUGGAGAGAAUUCUAUGUCUACAUGAACAUGAGAUUCACCGAGAAUGCUAAAGAGAAUCCAGUCCAAAUCCCAAAGUCAAGAACAAACGGCUGGCAAGCUUCCUGGAAGAAGUUUCUGAUCGAUAUGAUGUACCUCAGAGGAUACGUCAGCCUUUACCCCAACUUCCCUCAACAAGCUAGCUUUUCAACCAACCAUAUGGAGCCCGGUGCUCAUAUCAGUGCGAAAGACAACGUCGUCAAGCAUGACAAGACGGACUUUGAGGUGCCGUUGCUGCAGCAGGACUUCCGGGACUUUUUGCCUAAUGGGAAGAUGCCUCCAGCUUCCAAGUUGCCAUCAUUGAACCUCUUCAACCGGCCGGUAUCGCUCAAGGGUAUGAAGGCCGCGGGAGCAAAGCUGGGGCAGGAUGUGCUUGAAUGUGGUCCAAAAGAAGUAGUGGUGGUGAAGCAUGAAAAUGGUGUACCUUCACAUUGUGCAAAGUUCUGAUGAUUUCAAGUGUUCAGUUAUCCUUUGUUAGUUUGUUCCAUUGGCAGGGACAUGAUUUAUUGUUGUAUAAAAGAUGUGGAGUGUAAAAGAAUAAGUGAACAAAAGGUGAAGAUGUGAAGUUAAUACAUCCAUAAUUUUGAUUCCUUGUGA